CGUGUACUCCCCACAACUCCUUCGUCUCCGCCGCCUCCUGAGACCCACGCCAACAGGACGCUAGCUCUCCCCACAACUCCUUCGUCUCCGCCGCCUCCUGAGACCCACGCUAACAGGACGCUAGGCCUCCCCACAACUCUUUCGUCUCCACCGCCUCCUGAGACCCACGUCAACAGGACGCUAGGCCUCCCCACAACUCCUUCGUUUCCGCCGUCUCCUGAGACCCACGCCAACAGGACGCUAGGCCUCCCCACAACUCCUUCGUCUUCGCCGCCUCCUGAGACCCACGUCAACAGGACGCUAGCCCUCCCCACAACUCCUUCGUCUCCGCCGCCUCCUGAGACCCACGGCAACAGGACGCUAGCCCUCCCCACAACUCCUUCGUCUCCGCUGCCUCCUGAGACCCACGGUAACAGGACGCUAGCCCUCCCCACAACUCCUUCGUCUCCGCCGCCUUCUGAGACCCACGCCAACAGGACGCUAACUCUCCCCACAACUCCUUCGUCUCCACCGCCUCCUGAGACCCACGGCAACAGGACGCUAGCGCCUCCACAACUCCUUCGUCUCCGCCGCCUCCUGAGACCCACGCCACCAGGACGCUUCGCAUGAAACCCUGCAGAGAUUGAUCUGACUCGCAGUUUUACGAUAGUUUCACCUAAUUUAAAAUUUGCGGGAAGUAUAGAUCAUUUAUUUUAACUCUUUCACCUUUCCAGAAUAAUUCUUUCUGAAAGCGGCACCAAUUUGGUCUACCGCUGAUAGCACAUGUGGGGCAGCAGUAAUUUACAUACGGCUGAAAUUUCCUAAAUUUUUAUAAAACGACGUAAGUUGCCUCUCCAUGGUUGUUCCCUGUUUUAUUACCGUGCGUCUGUUAAUUUUCAAACUUUUUGUAAGGGAUGCGCCCUAGAUCAAUUUCGAAAACUAUACGCGCUGUAAAUAAAUUAAAAUUGCCACGCAUUAAAAAAUGUUGGAUAGCUUGUGAUAGAUUUCCGAAACUAUUCUCAUUUCCAUAGUAUUUGUAUCUCCUGAUUAAAUAGCAAAAUAGGUUACGAGACCUUCAAACAAAAUAUCAUUUCUAAUACUUUCUGAACCUUGUACGGUUAAACUGCCGUCGUCUUCUUUCUUAUUACGACAUUUUCUAACAAUGUUCUUACUACGAAAUGUUUUUGCCUAACGAAUCAAUAUAUAUGAAAUAUAUUGUAUUUGUAUUUAAACGAUGCAUAAUAAAAAUUCAUAUCAUCUGCAGCAUACCACCUCAUUGGAGGAUAAACGAAGAAAUCUUCUUUAUCUAUAUGUUUUCUGGUGGUCGUAAGCGUUUAAUAAAUUUAGUGCGACGAUAAGAUUUAUGGAUGUAACUCUGAUUAAUUAUAAUUAAGAAGAGCUCAUGAAAUGAUGGUCUCUUACGGAGGUUAUGUAUAGUGGCCUCGUCGAGAAAAAAAAUACCCUGAUCUGUGUCUAAGCAUUUGUUAGCCAAUAUAUACAUGAUUAUCUGUACUCUAUUGAACAAUUUUUAUGUUUCGUAAAUGCAAACUGAGACUGGGACCAUUAGUGUGCGAAAAAAACUAUGUUCACUAUUACGAAUCGACGCGGAACGAUGCUCAAUGCCGAAGUAAUGUAACGACGAUGUUCUUCAACUUUCGAAUAAUUGCGCAUUGGAAGUGAAUGGCAUUUUGUGUCAUUGAGCGCAAUGACUUCAAGUCACUUCCACACAGAAUUUUUAUUUCAGAAAUGAACGAGAAAACUUCUGCUUAUUAGUGCAAUGUUGGCUCACGAAGGCAAUCAUUUUUAUCAAGUGAACAAUGACGCGCGGUUCCAUAUAAUGAUUCUUCAACGUGCCAAGAAAUAAUAUAAUGAAAUGCCUACUAUCAAUAAAAGCUAAAUAUAUAGCGGGCCAUUUGUAAAUACUUUGCAUGUUCUAGCAACUCAACUUGGACAAUCGUAUUGCAAAUGUUUUUUUACGAGAAACCUCAAUCUUGCACAUUACGCAUCUUGCAAGUCUAGAGUUCAAAAUCUUUUUUCUAUCAAGGCAAUUUUGGCUCGUUUUUACUGAAUAAUACUACCAAACUCUCAUAUUCUUUUUUGGCAACCAUCGACUUUUUAUUUCACAUGGCGAUGAGCUAUAUGAAAUAUUGCACAGUGUUGAGCUAUAUGGACAAAUUUUCCUGCAACUUGUCAGAGCAGGUUUUCCUGUAGCCCAGAAUUUCUAUACACGUGUCUCAAGUUAAGAAUAUUUUACAAGAUAUAUAUUGCAACAUAAUUCAUAAUUUCAGGUCAUUAUUUAUGUAUCAGCGCUACUCUGAAAACAAGUCAUUUUAAAUUUUAAAUAGAAGUAACAAAACUUCUUACCACGUGUUAAUUUUGUCAUUAAUUUUAUUAGAAGUUUGGUAUGAACUCUUUUCAUUCACGUCUGGCCUUUACGAUGUUAUUUGCUUGUGUGUAUCCUCGUGCAUUCUGCACUAGCGAUGGCUUGAAUAGUUAUGAAUGAAUAAUUUAUUUACAUUAUACAUAUUAAG